ACUGCCUUAUUUUAGUUCUUUAAUUUCAUGCAGUUAGAUGUAAUAAUUUCACUAACAAAUGAUAAACUUGUGUUUCACCUCUGACCUGGAGGAAAUGUCUCCGUUGGCUGGAGCUGAGUUGGUCCAGACUCCAGUUCAGCUUUACCGCUACCUACUCAGAUGCUGCAGGAAGCUGCCAACCGCCGCCAUGCGGCAGCAUUAUCGGCACUCCAUCAGGCAGAGUUACAACAGUCACUCAGAUGAAGAUGAUCCACAGAGGAUACAGAUGAUCAUCCACAGAGCCAUCGCUGAUGCUGACUGGAUCCUCCUCAAAUACACCAAGAACUCUGGUUCAUAAACCAUCAGUGUGUGGGGUCGGUGCUCUGAGAACGAAGAGAAGAAGCAUGAUGAGACGAGCUGUGACGAGCAGCUCAGAGGAGACGAUCCAGCUUCAAACUGCGGGUCACAGAUCUUUCUCUUAUCAUGCCCCUGUUCUGUGGAAUGAUCUCCCUGCUUCAAUAAAACACUCAGAUUCUGUGGAGACUUUCAAGUCCAGACUUAAGAUGAAUUUAUUUGUAAAUA